GGGCGGGUAGUCGGCGCUAACCGUGCAGUAUGGCGGACGAUGGAGACACUUCGAGCGGACCAGUUGACACUAGCGGCGGGCAGGGGGCAGCGGAGGAGUCGGACGGGCUCGGCCUCGGCGCCAUGUUGCUGAACGUCAGUAUUUUGGUGGUGGUGGCGGCCGUGUGUCUGGCGGCGUACCGGCGGUGGGGCAGGCGGCUCGGGGCCGACGCGGCCCAGGGCGACGAGGCCUCGGCGCUUCCCAGGAUGAGGAGACGGGACUUGACUCUGGAGCAGCUGCGGGAGUACGACGGGCUCCAGAACCCGCGCAUCCUGAUGGCCGUCAACAUGAAAAUAUUCGACGUGACCAGCGGCAAAAAGUUUUACGGCAAAGACGGUCCUUACGGCAUUUUCGCUGGCCGGGAUGCUUCGAGAGGCCUGGCCACCUUCUGCCUGGAGAAAGACGCCCUGAGGGACGAGUACGACGACCUGUCGGACCUCACCGCCGUACAGAUGGAGAGCGUCAGGGAGUGGGAGAUGCAGUUCCUGGAAAAAUACGAUUACGUUGGGAGGUUGCUGAAGCCGGGAGACGAGCCGUCGGAGUACACGGACGAGGAAGACAUCAAGGACCACCUGAAACACGACUGAGCGGUUCCAUGACACCAACCAAAGCCAGGAGCCCCAAACAGCUGCGACAGACCGCCCCCGACCUCCUCCUCUUCCUCCUCCUCCUCCUCCUCUUCCUGCCCCCAUCCAUCUUCCCUUUCUCCUGCCCCCCCCCCCCCCCCC